AUGGUUACAUUCUACAGACACAAACAAAAGAUCUACACUAAGCUCAAUGAGCUGUCCCGUCUUUGUGGUGUUGAUGUUGGGUUUCUUGUGUACUCCAACAGUGGAAUCGCAUACACAUUCAGCAGCCCAUCCUUCGAAGUGGUUGCAAAUCGGUUUCUCAACGAGAAGAUGGAAGAACUCUGCAAAGUCUACAACAGUAUUUCAGAGAAGGCUGAUGCGGAGAAACAGAAAGGGAUGGCCAUGGCAAAGGCUGAGGCGGAGACACUGCCAGUGGAGAAGGACACAUGA